AAUUUUUAAGGUUGGCAACAACAAAACAUGUAGUGCUUUUUCCACCAUUAUGUUAGCUUUUAGCUUGAUAGCUUGGAACCCAACAGAAAAUUUUGUAUAUUUACACUGUAUGAGCCGAUUUCAGUGAUAUUCAACCCACUAAAUUACCUUUAAGACUCUGUUUGGUUUAAAAAGUGAUUACGCCGAGCUAACUGUGUGUUCUAUAGUUACAGUUCCUUCAGUUCCACAAUUGAAAAGUGUUUUUGUGUUGUCUAAUUUAAAUCUUUAACCAAACAACCCGAAAAAGCCGGGGUUUAGGAUACAAAACAAGGACCUUUUGGAAAUCUUUCUAUUUUUGAUAGUUGCAGAAUUAUGUUUACUUUUGCCGUUAUUUGCCUAAUAAAUAUGUACAGACAAAUAAUGAAGGUUCUAAAGUGAUUUUUUGCAUUAUCAAAAUAAAGUGUUGGAAAUUGCCAGGAUGGACAUAGAAAGCUUAGACACUAUAGCAGAAAAGCCAACCCCUGUUUCCAUUGGUAAUGAUGCUGAAGAAAAUCCCUUGGUAGUUAAAAGUGCCCAUAGUCUUACUGACUCAGAACCAAGAUCCAAUGUUAACAGUUUUCAUAGUAUAUUUCAGUGUCCCAAUGGUGAACCAGAACCAAGAGAAGAACUCUCUGAUAAAGUUGAUAGUGAAGUUCAGUUGAAAAGUUUAAUGUAUAAUGAGGCUGAAUCCACUACUAAGGUUGGAGAAGAAAUAUCAGAGAAUAGCACAGAAAAUGUGACAGAUCCAAAGUUCUCUUUGGUACAGCAGGAUAUUGAAAAUGAAAAGGAAGUUUGUCAGCCUGGCGAUAAAGUAACAGAAUCUCUUUCUCUUUCAUUAGUUGAGCCUGUAAGGAACAGUUUUUGUAGUAUAAGUGAAGUGAGUACAGAAAGUGAUUCCCUGUGUAAUAUAGAUCUGGACAUAAAUAUACAGUCAUUAAAACAAACAGAUACAAUCCAAUCUACCAGUUCCCCACCUUUAGCACAAACAGAAAAUGAUCAACUCAAAAAUGCUGAAAAAAAAUCAAACAAUACUUCUACUGAUUUCCCUGUAAAUAUACAAUUAGAUGAUAAUCAAACAAAUAACCCUGUGAGAUCAAUAAUGGAAGAUUUAUCAAUAGACCGAGAAGUUCUAGAAUCUGAAUCACUGGAUAGGGAACAUUUAAGAAAUGAAACUACAGAAAAACCAAGUGAAGUUAUUGUGAGUGAAGCCACUGGGCACACUAUAAAUGAAACAAGUGACAUAACCAAUAUUGAUGAGGAUGUUCCUAAUAAUAAGGAUGUAGACAGUACAUCUGAAACUACAUGUGAAUUUGAAAAGCCUCUGUCAUCUCCAUUGCCAAAUGACAAUACUAGACAAAAUACACAAAAUAUUGAUGAGUUACCAUCAACAUCCAAUGCAACUGAGGAAGUGAGUGUCGAAGAAGCUGAAAAAAUUAGUUUAAUAAGUCCUGAAGCUGAAAAAAUCUCAAAAAGUUUGCCAAAUCAGAAAGAUAUCCCAAGGUCAAAAAGUCCUGCUAAUACAGAAUCUACUAUACACAUAGAGACAGAAAAAGAGACAGGCAUAGAGUUUGCUCAAGUUAAUUUCGAUGAUAACGCAAAUGAUAAACAAAGUGAUAAGGUCUCAUCUGAAGUUUCUUCUACUACAAAAGCUUCAGAACAGGAUCCAAUAGCUUCAACUGAGGCUUCAUCAAUCACAGAAGAGUUAGAUUCUAUUGACAAUAGUCAGAUGCGCGAUACUCAAGGAUCUGAUGAAGCUAUCACAAUUAUUCCAGAUAGUGAAAGGGAAAUUACAGAGGCUGAAAAGGAAGCAGCAGCAUCACUACCAACUUUAAAAGAUAUUUCAGACAAAACCCAACCAGAUGGAACAGGAUCUGAAAUGUCACCUGAAGAAGAAAUAAAAGUAUAUAAAUAUGAAGAAGACCUUGAACAAGAAUGCUGCCAGUGCAAAGAGACAACUCAAGUCAAGUUUCGCUUCUCAAACAAAGACGACAAGGUGAUAUUCAUAUGUAAUGACACUUGCCUUACUUUGUUCAAAGCUGAUUCUUUAGUGAAAGUGACAGUAGUGACGGAUGAAUCGACAGCAGGAUUGAGAGUUAAAAAUUUUACAGAAGGGCGCCCUAAGGAACCUGUACCUUUAGCCUUUGUGAGAAAGUGUGCAUCUUGUAGUAAAGUUACCGAUGACAUUGAUGUAAAUUUGACUUGGGAAAUAAUGGAUUUUUGUAAUGAAUUUUGUUUAUCAAAGUACCAAAAGAUGAUUGGAUCAAAAUGUUCAAGUUGCAAUGGAGAUGUAAAGUCGGCGUCGCUUGGCAAGUACUGUGUACGAUUCGGGAAUGAUAUAAGGCAGUUUUGUAGUGGUAGUUGUCUUGAGCAAUACAAAAAUGGUCUUAAAGUUUGUUCAUAUUGUCAACAGGACAUGUCUAAUGGGCCACAAGGUUUUCUAGCGCCAGUAGGUGAAAAGGGCCAGUUCAAGGACUUUUGUUCAAAAUUAUGCAUGGAUAAGUACGACAUUAUGACAAAAGAUAAACCACCGGUUGUCAAAGAAGGUACAGUGUGUUCCGUAUGCAAGGGUGAGAAAAGCAUCACUAUGGAAUUUGAUCACGAUGGUGAAAAUCAAUAUUUUUGCGGCGAACCAUGUUUUGUAGCAUUUGCCUUUGUGAAUAAAAUACAGCCAGGAAAAUGUGCUAUGUGCAGGCGCAAUUUCAGCAAAUCCGUACUUGAACAACACACAAUGUACUAUGAUAACGUACAAUAUAGUUUUUGUUCGAAUAGCUGUGAAAAUAUUUAUAUUAUAGCACACAGAAAAAUUGUUCCAUGUAGUUGGUGCAAGGUGAAAAAAUACAACUUUGACAUGAUCAAAAAAUAUUCCAAAGCUGCUCCAGUUAUUAACAUGUGUAGCAUCAACUGCCUUAAUAUGUAUCAAUUAUCUUUAAAUGUCGUAAAUGCUAAAAGUCAGCCCUGUAACUACUGUAAAAAGCAAUCUAGCUCAGCAUAUCACUUGACUAUGUCAGAUGGUACAUUAAGGAAUUUCUGUUCAUAUGGUUGUGUUAUGAACUUUCAAAAUCAAUAUCCUAAACAGGUGUCUUUUGAUAGUGAACCUUUUCCAGCUAGCGGCCCUCAGAAAACUAAAAGAGGAGCAAAUGUGGUUGAAAGUGGUACGUCAACUGAAAACUUGAAUCAGUUGCCUGUAAUAACAAAUGUUCAAAGCUUAGCUAGCACAAAUGGCACAAUUCCUCCUGGUUUAACACCAAUUGCAACAACCAGGCUAACAAGAUCAAAAGCAACAACGCAAACUAUUCAACAGAGUAGUACAGCGGUACCAUUGCAAACCCUUCAGAAUUUAGACUUACCAGUGCAGAUACAAACAAAGCAUCAUUUUAUCGUUAAAGAAAAACCUCAACCUGAUCAGAGGAACAUUGCUGUUAUGUGUCAACCAAGAAAAGCCGAGAAAGGUCUUCAAACAUUACCCCAAACAAAAGAUGCUGCAUGUCAAACAGGUUUCGAAGAUUUGAAGAAGAUUUUGGUGCCGGUUCCAGUUCCCAUCUAUGUCCCAACACCUUGUCAUAUGUUUGCCGCCCCAGUACCUAUUCCAGUGCCAUUUCCGUUACCUAUUCCUGUACCUAUUUUCAUACCUACUUCAAGAAAUAGUGCUGCUGGUAUUUUAAAGGAAAUAAAGAAAAUUCAAGUAAAAAUACCUACAGACCCUUAUGAAGCCGAACUCCUUAUGAUGGCCGAAAUGGUGGCAGAAGAGAAAAAGGAAGAACAUACCGACUCCGAAAGUGACAUGGAGGAUACAGCAGCAGAUGACGGAGGCUCUUAUAGUCCGGAACCUGUUGAUACUAAUAACACCUUUGGUGAUGAUAUGUUGCAAAUGGCCCUAAAGAUGGCAACAGAGUUAGACGAGCCUGCAGUAGACUUAGAGGGAGCAUUGACAGCAAACACAAUUACAGCCCCACAAGGCGGGCAUCCGGCGGAAACUCAUCCGCAAGAAGAGAAUGUCGACGACCCUCAAGUAAUACAUCAACAAAUUAUGGAAAGGGCUGCAUUACGGGGCAGAAAGAGAAAUAUGCGCGGAUCACCUAGAGGUGGUCAGUCAAAAAGAGGUAGAAGGUUAUCACAUAACCAAACUGAUAUACCGAUUAUUCAACCAGUUGCGCCUCCUCCUCCAGCCGAACCUCAAGAAAAGCCCGAUGCUAAUAUGUGUUUAAAGUAUACUUUUGGAGUGAAUGCCUGGAAGCAAUGGGUAACUACUAAGAACGCAGAACUUGAGAAAUCAUCUCGGCGAGUUAAGCUAUUUAAGACAGAAAUUCUUCAACUGACUGCCGACGAGUUAAAUUAUUCUCUAUGCCUAUUCGUUAAAGAAGUGCGAAAACCCAAUGGCCAAGAAUAUGCACCCGAUACGAUAUACUAUCUCUGCUUGGGAAUACAACAAUAUCUUUUUGAAAACGGUAGAAUCGAUAACAUAUUUUGUGAUCCGUACUAUGAAAAGUUCACGGAUUGUUUGGACGAAGUCGCAAAGAAAUUUUCUGUACUAUACAAUGAUUCUCAUUAUAUUGUAACAAGAGUAGAGGAGGAACAUCUUUGGGAAAGCAAGCAGCUCGGUGCUCAUUCGCCCCACGUUUUGCUUAGUACUUUGAUGUUUUUUAACACUAAGCACUUUAAUUUGACGACAGUGGAUGAACACAUGCAGCUAUCGUUUUCGCAUAUUAUGAAACAUUGGAAAAGAAAUCCUAACCAGCCAGGCGCCAGUAAAGUUCCGGGUUCAAGAAAUGUAUUGCUGAGGUUUUAUCCACCCCAAUCAGCAUUGCAAAACAACCAAAGGAAAAAGAAGGUUUAUGAACAACAGGAAAAUGAAGAAAAUCCGCUAAGAUGUCCUGUCAAACUCUACGAGUUUUACUUAUCAAAAUGCCCUGAAAGUGUAAAAACUAGGAACGACGUAUUUUAUCUUCAACCAGAAAGGUCAUGUGUGCCAGACAGCCCUGUAUGGUACUCAACAAUGCCUUUACCAAAAGAAGCACUUGAAAAAAUGCUGCAUCGUGUAAAAAUGGUAAAAGAAAUAAACGUGGCACUACUUACAAGUUAAAUGGGCAGUAUCAAUGUUUUUUAUUAUGGGUGUGAACAUAUGUCAUUUUGUAUAUACAAUUCUAUAGUACUAGAAGUAUAUUGUUUUAAGAUCGUUUCUUUUGUAUUUUUCUCUUAUUUAAAUGUAUCAGAAUACAUUUAUUACACAUGAAUUAGAAAUGAAUAAUAAAUAUGUAUAAUGCAAUAAUUUGCUUUUAUAUAUAAAAGUAUUUUAAAAAUGAA